ACAUUAAUCUAGGUAUCAUCCUAUCAUCGUCUAAUCCGAUAGUCCCACUGUCCUAUCGUACAUGAUAAGUGAAUCCAAAAAACUCAGAAACACUCCGUGUGUAACCGGCCGAUCAUCGCCAUCUUGAACCACAUCAUUUAUCUUACUCCCAGUUGGCUAUUCUCUAGCAGGUGAUAUAUAUCUAUUUUUCUCCGCAAUCGGCUCUAUACACGGUCUUUGAAGAUAAUAUACAUCCAUAUCUGUGAAUAUCAUUACCAAAGUAUCUAAUUGUCAACAAGAUAAAAAUCGAAUAAGUUACAACAGGGUUAAAAUGGCACCAUCAGCAACUAUCGAAUCUCCCCUCUCAAUCCAAAAGAAGCCGGGAGAAGGAGACGUGCAGGUCGAAGAGCAUGAGGAAAUCGAACAUGUUCAUGGUGGAGAUGAUUUAACGCCCCUAGAGGCUAUUAGCCAUGGAGGUGUGGUUAUGUCUGGUAAGAUAAGAUGGAAUUUCUUAUUUUUGAGUGUUGUGAUGAAAAGAGCGGGGUCUUAAAUCGGAAGUCGAGUGUCUUUUGUGUUGAUGGGUUGAGGGUUUGGAUUGAAAGAGACGAAGAGAUGAUUUGAAGCAGUAAUGUGGUGACUUGUCUUGAAAGUGCGGGACGGCUAUCCCCGUGAAUAGUAGUGUUCUGUGUACGCAGAAUGCACUCGGACAACCACCAAUAUUCCUCUCUGCUAGAGCGGACUAUGCUCCCUCUUCCUCUCUCGAAAUUCCCGAGAAUUCCUUCUCCAUUUACCUCUUAUCCAUUCCAUAUUCCUCCAUUAACAAGUCCUUCAGGUAUCCCAACUUUCCCUACUCACGAGGCCCACCGCCAUCACAUCCUCAUCCAUAUGGCAGCAGUCUUCCGUGACUUUGCUCGUAGUGGUUUCACCGAAGGGAUGGCAGGACAUAUUUCCGUUCGAGACCCAGAGUUUGAAAAUUACAUCUGGAUGAAUCCUCUUGGAAGACAUUUUGGUCUGAUGACUGCUGGUGACAUGAUAUGCCUGGAUUUAGAUAGUGGGAAAGUUGUUGGAGGUAAUAAGGUAGGGAUUCCAUUUGCGAGAAGUGAAGACGAAUUAAAGAGAAUCUUUUUACUGAUGACGUAAAUAGUCUCGUCCCGCUAAUGCUGCUGGAUUUUUGAUUCAUUCCGCAAUCCAUAAAGCACGCCCUGAUGUCCAUGCUGUCUGUCACGCACACACAGAUGCUGGGCGGGCAUGGUGAGUGCUUUCUCUAAAACAGUCUCAAACAUUACUCCUAACAACAUUUAGGUCCGUCUUCGGCCGUCCCCUCGACAUGUUAAACCAAGAUAUAUGCAACCUCCACAACAGCAUCGCCGUAUACGCUGCAUACGGUGGUAUCGUAUUCGCCGCCGAAGAAGGUGCCAACAUUGCCCGCGCUCUUGGUAGUCACAAUAAAGUAGCAAUUCUACUAAACCACGGAUUAUUAAGCACUGGGUCCACAGUCGACGAAGCUGGAUACUUAUUCACAUUAUUGGACAGGGGAUGUCAGAUACAAUUACAAGUUGAAGCGGCCGUAGGUGGAACAAGAGAUGAAAAUGGACAGUUGAAGAAAGGCGUUCAUGUUAUUAGUGAUGAGGAAGCGGCGUAUAAUUUUAAAAUGGCAAGUGAGAAGAAUGCGUUGUAUGCUGAGAUGCAACCGGAUGUUGACUAUGAGAUGGAGAUGGCGGGAACUGGAGUGGUUGAGAGGGGAAUUGAGGGACAGAUGAUAGAUCAUGGAUUGUGAGUUUGAGGGGCGAGGCUUAAAAUGUUUGGAGGAGGAAAAAUACUUGAACCUUUCGAUUUAUAUCCAUGCUUAAGAACAUUUGCAUAUACAAACACAAAUUUUCUCUCCACUUCUCAACAAAAGAGCAAAAUGCGAGAAACCCAGCAAUCGUUACCACCGCUAUACAAACCAUCCGGGAGACUUAACACACUCCAUUAGGGAUUAAGUUUCAAUACAGCUGCUAUGUCUCAUAAAUACCUUUGGGAAGAGGUACUGAGUAGCGGAAAUGAUCGGGGAAUAUAAGGGAAAGC